CUUUGAAACUUAUUAUUAUAUGGUUUAUAUUGUAAACUUUCACAAAAAAGUAAACGAGAAAUUUUUUGUAAAAAAGACCUCUGUACGGAAACUUUCUAGUGGGUGCAUCAUGUACGUAUGUACGUAUGUAUGUAUGUAUGUUAACACGACCAUGUUUCUCAUAUGCUAAAAUGCCUUUCCCAAUAGCCAAGCCUUUCGAUGUAUGGGCACUUUGUUUACCUCAAAAAUAAAUCGCUUGUUUGCGCCUAAAUAUCUGCCACAUUAGUGGCGAUGGAAGCGCAUGUGGGUUUCGGACAGUAAGGCUAUUAUUGUUUGCACACCAUAACUUUCCGUCGUAUAUCAAUUUUAUGCAUAACACCAUCAACUUGACGAAAUUUUAAAUUUCACUCAAUACAGACAUCAAAAGUUGCUGCCGACAGUUAACGAAAUUAAGUCGUCGCGAGCGGUCAUCGUUGGACAUACCUACGCAUAGAUCUUAAGAUAAAAUUUUGGAGCGGCGACGGCAAAGAAAACAAAAUAUUCUUUCUAUAUAUAAAAAAAACCUACUAACAUUUAGAAAUAUAUGCAAAUAUAUAAAAGUGUUUAUGAAUCAAAAAUAGUCAACGUUGAUUUUAAUUAAAAAAAAAAACAAAGAAACAUGGAAAUCAACGAAUCAUCUUUAAGUGUUUUUUAUCUCAGUAAACUGUUAGCACUAGCACCAAUUUCGAUUCGCCGGGAUGCUAAAGGCGUAGUAGAGAUAAGACGCAGUAUUUUAGUGUCCAUAUAUUCGGUUACUUUUGGCUUUGCAAUGGGUGUGUAUGUGUGUCUUUGGAAGGAAUAUUAAAAUUAAGUUUAUUGAAACGAAAAAAUAUUUUUUGUCCAAACCAAUUAAAAUAACUAACAUAAGAAAAAAUAUAUUAAAUAUGUAGAUAGUAUUUCCUAAAUGACGAAAGUUUUGUGUUGUUCUUUAUGCAGUGAUACUUUGUUACGAGGGCUUAAUAUUCGAUGCAAACUCGGAAAUUCCUUUGCGAAUGAAUUCAUCUACAUCAAAAGUGGUAACUGCACUCGAUGUGACAGUAGUGAUACUUUCAAGUGCCGCUGGCUUGGGAUGCGGUCUCUUCAGUGUGAAACCAACAAGAGAGGUCAAUGAAAGCUUAAAAAAGUUUGAUGCUGCAUUACAUUCAUUUUCGAAUUUCAAAAGUGAUCGCCACAUAACCAGAAUAUUGGCCGUAAUUCCUUUGUUGAUAAGCGGUGCCCUAAUAGGCUUCGAUAUUUACACAUGGAUACUUCAAGUCCAACUUACACCUGAAAAUGGUUCAGAUUCCAAUCUUGCAUGGUAUUUACCGUUUUAUUUACUUUAUUUUGUCUUGAUUGGCUUUCACGUUUUAUUUGCCAAUACCGCUUUUGGAUUUGGCAGACGUUUCGGUCGCUUGAAUGAAAUGUUAAGAAGCUGUUAUCUAACAAAUAAAAAAUCGUUGACUGUAGUUCGAAAUCACAUUAAUAGCCUUAAAAUCACACCAGAUCAUGCAAUAUCAAUACACGAGAGUAAAGAACGUGUAAGCAGUGAAUCGAUGUCUAAAGAAUGUUUAGGCAAGACGCGCGUCAUUUUGCUGAGAUCAAUUGCCGAAAAUUACGAUUCAUUAGGCAAGUGUGUGCAGAUUUUUUCCAACGCCUACGGUGUGGCAGUGCUUUUCAUUUUAGUAUCCUGCCUGCUGCACUUGGUGGCCACUGCAUAUUUUCUAUUUUUAGCGUUGUUGAACAGAAAUGUAGCCGAUUAUGUAUGGGGUCAGGUGUUGUGGAUUGCUUUCCAUAUAUUCAGAUUGCUAAUGGUAGUGGAACCAUGUCACAGAGCAACGGAAGAGUCAAAGAAAACCAUACAAAUUGUAUCUGAAAUCGAGCGAAAAACUCAUGAGCCUAUACUGGCUGAAGAGAUCAGGAGAUUUUGGCAGCAAUUGCUGGUUAAUGACAUAGAAUUCUCGGCGCUGGGGCUCUGUCGUAUUAAUAGAAAGAUAUUGACAUCGUUUAGCUCAGCAAUUGCUACGUAUCUGGUUAUUUUAAUACAGUUCCAAAAGGCCAGCGGUUAAUGGACAACAUAUUCUAGAAAUAUACCGAAACUUUAAUAAACCACCCACACUAAGUACAAGCUAAAUAGUUCUGCAGAAAACGCCAUCCAUAUAAAUGACAUAAAUUAAGAAUCAUUAAAUGCGUAUGUAAGCGAUGUAAUAGCCAUUUCCACCGAGCCUUAAUUGCAGUUUGUGCUUCUCGUCCAAAUGAAUUGUGCAACAAUGUGAAAAUUUUCAAGUAAUAGUUGUAUGAUGGUGUCUUAUCUGCAUAUUUGAACAAGGUAAACUAAAGGGUAUUAGGCUACGAAAUAUUAUAAUGUAAAAAGAAUUUGAUAAAAUAGUUUUAGGCGCAUAAAGAGCCGUAGCUAAACACAAAUUUACUUUUACCAAUAGGUACUUUUAGUAUAAAGAAGAAGUUUCUACCUCGAACGAAGUAAAUGCUCCCACCACUUGGGUAUAAAAAAAGGCUGGAAACUACAGCAAAAAUACUAAAACUUUAAGAUCAUCCUAUAUUAGAGUAACUCCAGACAAUGGAUUUAAAAUGUUCAGAAGUUCUUUACUGCAGUUAGACUUUUGUCGGAAAUGGGUCAUAUCGACGGUGAUACUGCAAAACGGUAUAUGUCUAUUAGUACCCUUGAGACUUAAAUGGUCUCUUACUUGCACCGGAAUGCAUCUGCAAAUCGUUACACCCUAAUAAACGAAUGACAAAACUGUCUACCUUUGGCUGAUGAAGA